AUAAAGGAGACGUCAACAUGCAGAAUUUUUCCCCUUCUCUAACAAUUUCCCACUUAAGCUUCUUCGUCUUUCAUCUCUAUUAGCCUACCACAAGCCACCUUCUUUUCUGCCUUCUCUCCAUUAUCCUCGCAAAUGAAGAGAACCAACAAAAGAAAUGUCUGCCUCCAAAUCCUUUUUCAUUUCUUCUUCUUCUUCUUCUUCCUCCACAAAUAUCUACCCGUCGUUGCUUUCACCGCUCUGGAUAUUGCCUUGGACUGCGCCUCCCAAACCAACACCACCACUCAGCACCGCAAAUGGGUUGCAGACAACAACUCGACCUUCCUCUUAUUCGACCGCGAUAUCCCCUCAAGCACUUCAAAAUCACUUCAACAAUCUCGUUCUGGGUCAGUUCCAUAUUCUGAUGCCCGAUUCUCCACCUCUAAGUUCACCUAUGUGUUUCCCCUUACAUCAGGCCAAAAAUUCAUUCGCUUGCAUUUCUACCCCACUUCUUACACAAAUAAUGUUGACCUUGCCCUUGACGCUUUCUUCUCUGUCACGGCCGGUCGCUUCACCCUUCUUCGCAAUUUUAGUGCUUCCCUUCAUGCUGCUUAUUUGGGUGACGACAUUGUUAUCAGAGAAUUCUGCAUCAACGUUGAACAAGACCAGGAACUCAGCAUAACUUUCACUCCACUGCCUGGUGCUUACGCCUUUAUCAAUGGAAUUGAAAUCGUUUCCAUGCCUACCAAUUUUUAUUUUACUCCAGCAGGUGAUGAGGGGUUCAAGCUUGUCGGCGGAGUUAACCCAUUCCCGAUUACAAAUGACACAGCGCUCGAGAUGAUGUACCGAGUAAAUGUUGGCAGCAACGCAAUCUCACCUGGAGAUGACACUGGCAUGUACCGUGCCUGGAUACAGGAUGUUGACUACUUGACAGAUGCUAGACCCAGCGCUCUUCCUGCUAAUAAUACAAUUAUUCUCACUUUCUCUGCAAAUACUCAAAAUUAUUCUGCGCCCAGAGCAGUUUAUACCACGGCCAGAACAAUGGGGUUAAACAAGACUAUCAACGAAAACUACAACCUCACGUGGAAGUUUCCUGUAGACUCUGCUUUCAUAUACAUGGUUAGAAUGCAUUUUUGCGAGUUCCAAGGUGAGAUACAAAAAGAGGGAGAUAGGGUUUUUGAGAUCUUUUUAGCGGAUCAAACAGCAGAAACAAUAGCAGACGUGAUUGGUUGGAGUGGUGGAAGUGGGUUUCCAGUGUACAAGGAUUAUGCUGUACAGAUAGGGGCUAGAGGUACCGAAAACAAACAAAAUCUCACCAUUGCCCUGCACCCUGCUCCAGAAUGGAGAACUUCACGUUCUGAUGCAAUCUUGAAUGGAGUUGAAAUCUUUAAACUCAGCAACAAUGGUGAUCUCUCCGCACCCAACCCAGAUGUCCAAAUCAAUACUGGCACAACCAAUACUCCAGAGCCCACAACAAAACCCAAGAAUAACCGCACCACAAUGUUCGCCGUACUUGGUAGUGUAGCAGCAGCCUUCUUUAUACUCUCUCUGCUUGGCUUCUUCAUUUUUCAGCGAAAAAGAAGAACCAGAUAUUCAUACGAAUCAACCGAUGGAGGCUCCUGGUGGCACGGCUUCUCUUAUGCAACCACCAUAAACAAAUCAUCUAAGACUCGCGACGGUUCCUCCUUGCCAUCCGACCUCUGCCGCCAUUUCUCACUUCCCGAGAUCAAAGCCGCCACCAACAACUUCGACGAUGUUUUCAUCAUCGGUGUCGGAGGGUUCGGCAACGUCUACAAAGGGCUCAUCGACGAGAAUGCCACACCGGUUGCCAUCAAGCGUUUGAACCCUGAAUCACAACAGGGGGCUCACGAGUUCAAGACGGAGAUCGAGAUGCUCUCCCUGCUUAGACACAUGCAUUUGGUCUCCCUCAUCGGUUACUGCAACGACGACGGCGAGAUGAUCCUGGUAUACGACUACAUGUCGCGUGGAACUCUUCGUGAUCAUCUCUAUAACUCCGACAACCCUUCUCUUUUCUGGACCCAACGAUUGGAGAUCUGCAUAGGAGCGGCUAGGGGACUGCAUUACCUUCAUACAGGUGCGAAGCAGACAAUAAUUCACCGCGACGUAAAAACGACAAACAUUUUGUUGGAUGAGAAAUGGACAGCGAAGGUAUCGGACUUUGGUUUAUCGAAGGUGGGCCCUACGAACCCGUCAAGGACCCACGUCAGCACCGUCGUGAAAGGAAGUUUGGGGUAUUUAGACCCAGAGUAUUAUAGACGGCAGCAAUUGACGGAAAAAUCAGACGUCUACUCAUUUGGUGUUGUUUUAUUAGAAACGCUUUCUGCAAGACCUCCGAUUCAUCGGACGGCGGAGAAGAAGCAAGUAAGUUUAGCGGCGUGGGCUCAACAAUGCCAACGGAACGGGAGUCUAGAUCAGAUAGUUGAUCCUUUACUAAAGAGGCAAAUCUCAUCGGAGUGCUUCAAACAAUUCACCGAGAUAGCAAUUCGAUGUUUGCAAGACGAGGGAAUUAAACGGCCGUCAAUGGCUGACAUUUUGUGGGGUUUAGAGUUCGCGUUGCAGUUACAAAAGCAGGCGGAGAAGGAUGUGGAGUACAAAUUUAAGGAGGUAGAUCAUGAGGAGAUUCCGAUCAAAGACUACGUGAUUUCGUCUUCGAUGAUGGAGGAUAGCGUUGACCUUUUUAGUAGCAUCGGUGACCAUGUGUUAGAAUCAAGGACAGACAUCUCCAUCAGUACGACAACGAGCGAUGAUAAGAGCUUCUUUAGCAAAUGAAUCAGGGUGAAAAUUUUCUAGACAUACUUUUGAAUUUUCAGGUUUAUGUUCAUAAUAAUAAAUUGUGUUUGCGGGUCGGGCCGGGAUUAAUUCUUGUGCCAGCCUGCUUUGAACCGGACCCAUCCCGUAAAGUCAAUGUUUUAGGUUGCUCCAA